GUGCUCAAGCUCAGAGAGGUGUCACCGAAACACUCAGCAAGGCAAGAAGUGUCAACCACACCCAAGUCACAGAAAAUAUGUAAAGAAACCAGCAGAAAUAACAAGAGGAAAAAGAAGGAAACUGGAGAGAAUAAAGGCUCCAGUGACAAUCUUAAGAAAAGCAAAGCAACUUGAGGUGUCAUCAGAGGAACAAGAGGUUUCUGUCCAAAAGAUGUUGAGUUAUGUCAACCAGAUGCCACAUCAAGAAAAUUUCCAACCUCCACCUCUUCCUUUUGUGUCAUUUGGAUUGGAUGGAAUGAAUGAACAUGAGAGUCUUGCCUCCAGUAAUUCACUUGGCCCUGACAGUAUCACUCAAGACCAUACUUACUUAUCCAGUGAAAAAGAUGUCGCCCUGUGGAAGACAUUGACAGCUUCUCCUAACAACUGUAAUAUUUUUGUGGGAGGCCUGCACUAUGGGGUUGUAUCAGAAGUUCUGCACACUGCUUUUAAAGCAUUCUGUUUGAAAGAGGAAGAUGAAAAGAAGAUGAAGGUAGAGCUCCGUUUUGGGCAAAAAAGUUCCUGUUAUAAAAACAUUUUUGAUGUGACUGCGUUUGUUGCCAACAGCAUGCAGGAAUUUGAAAUUUAUGGCCAUUGUAUGCAGUUGGGUUGGGGCCAAGAAAAGAGGGAUGGAGUCUUGUCAAAUACUAAAGAUUCCCUAGGAACCAAACCAGGCCUAAAACAGUGUGAAAAGGUGUCUUUGCAUAGGACAACCACAAAAACAAAAGGGAACAUUGUUUCUGAUAGAGUGUUUUCAGAAAAGGAGGACCUUGUACCAAAGACAUUAUUGAAGAGAUGCACUUCAAGAUGGGACCAAGAAACACCAAGAAAAAUUCAGAAAAUUGAGAAAUUAGUUCGGAAUCCUCUUCCACUGUACUCCUUUCACUUUGACACAGAAUGCAAUUCAUUAUCAGGGGAUCAAUUUAAGACUGACAAUGGUUUGGACAAAAACAAAAUUGAAUUAGCACAAAUGGAGACCAGAAUUGCAGCUCUGUGCAAAGAAUCAGUGAUCAGCCAUGGCAUAAAUAUAGAUGCCUUUGAGGGUGGAAAUGAAGCUGUUUCAAGUGAAUGUUCAUACCAAAUUAAUUUGGAAGUAAAUAACAAAACAUCUUCAAUUCUGCCUGAAAUAGGACAAGAUCCAACUUAUGCAAAAACUCGUCUGGAAAACAAUAAAGAAAUUGAAGAUACAGGGAAGCAUUUGUCUGGAGAGUUUGAGGUUACCUGUGAG